AUGGAACAAACAAACAAAACAUCUGUAAAAUUUUAUCUGCUUGGGCUGUCUGUCAGUGACCCUGACCUCCUGGUGGUCUGCUUCCUUGCUAUCCUGGUGAUAUAUCUAAUUACCAUAUCAGGAAAUCUUCUUCUGAUCUUUGUGGUGAUUAUUAACCCAAAGCUACACACCCCCAUGUACUUUUUCCUAAGUAACCUCUCCAUUAUUGACCUUUGUUUCUCCUCCUCCAUUGUUCCCAUACUUUUAACCAACACCCUCUCCAAGGACACAAGUAUUUCCUUAGAUGGCUGUGCAGCCCAGAUGUUCUUCACUUUAGUCCUUGGAGCAACGGAAUGCCUAUUGCUUGCUGUGAUGGCCUAUGACAGGUUUGCAGCGAUUUGUAAACCGUUGCACUACAACUCCAUCAUGAACAAAAAGCUAUGCACUGGUUUAGCAUUAACAGCAUGGAGUGGUGGCUUAGUAAAUGCCGCAAUUCAGGUUUUCCUCACCUUCCAAUUGCCCUACUGCAGGUCCCACCAUGUCAACCACUUCUUUUGUGAGGUGCCUCCAUUCUUACGUUUGUCCUGUAAAGACACAAGACUCAACGAAUUAUCCAUGUACAUUGCAGCUGGGAUCAUUUGUUUAUGUGCUUUCCUGUUGACUGUAAUCUCAUAUGCCCAUAUUAUCACUACAAUCUUGAAAAUACGUUCCUCACAGGGGAGGCAAAAAGCUUUCUCUACUUGUGCUUCACAUCUAACAGUUGUCACCCUCUUCUAUGGGACCAUCAUGUUUAUCUAUCUACAACCUCGCUCAUCUUUCUCUCCUGAAACCGAUAAGGCGGUGUCUAUCGUCUAUACGUCGAUCACUCCAAUGCUAAAUCCUAUCAUCUACAGCAUACGGAAUAAGGACGUUAAGGGUUCCAUAGUAAGAAAUCUACUAGGGCAAACCAGUUUUAUAAAAAAAUUCUGA